AUGGGGUUGAGCAAGAAAGAAAGACUACGAUACAUCAAUGCAAUAAAAACUUUAUCAACGCACCCUCGUUACCAAAGGGAAUAUUACGAUUUGCUAGAAACUCACGAGUAUCAUUUUUGCAAAGCACUACAUUGUAGCGUAUUUUUUCUACCUUGGCACCGUUGGUUUAUUCUACGUUAUGAAAAUCUUCUGAGGAAAAUCGAUCCUGACAUUACUUUAGUUUACUUGGAUUGGAGCAUGGUGAUGGGAACCCCUUGGGAUAUAAAUCUUUGGGAUGACAAUGAUUACUCUUUUGGCGGAAAUGGAGAUCCCGCGGUUAAUCAUGUAGUGAACACUGGUCCGUUUAAACAACCUGAGUGGAAAAUGGUGCCUGGAUCGGGGCCAGAUUCCACCUUGGAAAUUAAAAGGUAUUUCAAUUAUACAAAGCCUGAUAUUGCGAGCGCUCUUCAUCUUGCAAUUUUGUUCAAAUUAAAACCUCGCGAUUUUAUGGAAUGGAUGACUGUCUACCAAUGUUGGCACAAUAAUUUUCACUGCUCUGCUCUUGGAUGGAACAGUACAAUGUGUAAGACAAAGUCAGCUUGGACGCCAGAGUUCUUUCUGCAUCAUACGUACUUCGAUAAGUACUGGUCUGAGUGGCAGGAACAAGGAGAUGAUUAUAGAUUCAGUCAGUACUGGAUGAAUCAGACGCGGUUUAUGCAGGCAACAGAUUACUUACCAAGGGAUGUUUUAGAUCUAAAAUACCAAGAAGGAAAUGUAUGUGUAUCAUAUGAAGAAUCUUCAGAUGAUUGGAUACACAAAAAGCUCAGAAGUAAGUACAUGUUGAGUUUCAAACCAGUUCAUCUGUUUUCCUUUAGAACAAAAUAUUAUAUAAUCCCAUUUUCCCGUUCCGAAAUAGCUUACAUCUCUUGGCAAUUAUUGUGGAACUUUCACAAUAUUGGGAGACUGCGUUUAUGUGAAGUCUAUACUAAAUCCAAAUUAAACGUUUUGUCUUUGGCAUUUUAUAUGCGCACAUGCAUAUAUUAAAUGUAUUAAGCAUAAUAUCAGGGCUUUAUCCAAACACAAACUUACCUCCGGUAAACGGAGGUCAAAACUCAAUUUUGGAUUGAAUUUUUAAACUGAUUCUUUCCCUCAACGAAAAAAAAACAACAAAAAAUCAUUUUUGCGCGCAUUAGUUUUUGAAAUUCGGAGAAACAGGGUUUUUUGAGCUGGUUUUUUUUUAAAUAUAGUAAAACGUCAUGUUUUAUAUGUUAUAAAGCUACCUCUAUCGUAUAUUUGCUUUGUGUCCACCAUGCUUAGAUGGCUGCAUGUUUGGAUUUCUAAUAGAAAUGUCGAUCAAAUCAGCACAAAAUUAAAUGGAAUGAUUGAAGACUAACAAAUAUUACAACUGCAAAGUGAAUUUUUCGAACGAAAAUCUAAAAUUUACACAACCUUGAACCGAAGGCUCGAAUAGGAUAGUGCGACACAAAAACUGAAUCUUCUUUUCUACAACGGGUGUCAGCAAAAGUGCCUGGAUAAAGUUCUGAAUAUAUAAUGGCUUUUCCCGGGUUUGUAUAGGAAAUGAGUUUCUUCUAUUUUCCUUUUAUUUCCCUUCUAUUCAUAUAUUAAUGAAUGCAAGUCCUGCAAUUGCCAGGGACGUUGCAUGGGAAAAUCUUUGUCCGCCUCGCUAUAACGUUUUCUGCCUGAACGCAUAUGUAGUGGAAAAUAAAAAUAACACUCACAUUCUGAUUCAACAAAAUUAACGAUCAAGUCAAGCACAGGACCAACUAGGAUCAAGUCAAUCACGGAACCAUCUACCAUCAACAAACAAGGAAGAAAUUAAUGGGUUUUUAGUUGUAUCAAUGCAAUAAAAUAUAUUUCACAGUUAUUCCCAUUUGAUAUACACUUUCAUCAUUGAUUGUGGCUGAAAGAUUGCAGUUUCAAAAUGUAAGGUAAGGUAUUUAGUCACAGAGAACUGAUCUUAUAAAAACCCUUACAUUUUAGAUUUAACACUGAACCAAUUGAGAGAUAUCAGGGGACUCCAAAUCGUACCAUUAACUGAUCCUGGAACCAAAUAUUUUGAUAUGUCACAUAAAAUAUUUCUGAAAACCAUGCAUGAUUUUAUCAAGAAUAAUGCACUUCGAUAUCCAGUAACUUUGACCGAUCUUAGUGGAACAGACCGAGCACGUGGCUUUUUUCUUCAUGAUUUGUUAGUGAUGUAAGUGUAUACGAUAGAGAAUAUAUAAAAUGUAAAUUUUAUCAUUUAAAGACCCACCGUUUGGGGGACUCGGAGAAAUAUGGCCUGAAGGGCUUCGCCCCGAGUGAAAUAUCAUCACUGAAUGUAAUAUUUCGCCGAAUCCUAGCUCGAACGGAGGAUCUAUAAAUGGUAUACUAUGUUGAAAGUUAAAGAACCAUCUAUAUGAGCUAAUUUAUCCUUUGGAUCAUUGAAGGUAUAAAUAAAACAUGAGCGUGGUAAUUCAUGAUGUUGUCAUAAACGGCAACGGCAACGACUUUUACUAAAACUAAGGGAUCGGUCAUUAAUAAUGGGUGGGGGCGGUGGGUGAUAAAUACCAAAUAUUGAACAUUUUUUAGAGCCGCCUCAAUCGAAAGACUUUUAUUUUCAAGACGCCCCCACCUUCAACUAAAAAAUUAAGGACCCCACCCUUCCAACAUUUAAUUCGUUACAAAAGUUAUAUUUUUAAUAAAUCAGUUACUAUAAAAUAGUACCAAAAGGUGUCCGCCACCGGCACCAAUUCAGGCAAAAUUGGUUGAAACCGCACCUCUUUUCUCACCCACCGCUCCCCCUCCAAUUUUUAAUGACCGGUCCCUAAACAAAACGAGAGGGAAACUAUUUUCAUGACGAUCCUGUAUAUGAUUUUAAAUUAUUUUAUUUCAAAAUACGAGUAACAAGUUGAAAUAUUUAAUGGAAAGAAGCAGUUAAUUUCGAUGAACAUUCAAAAAUGUUUAAAAUAAUUGUACGACAUUGAAUGCAAAAUUACAUACCUACAGUACUUUACACAUUUUGGGAAUCGAUAGUUCUAUAGUUAAACUAGUGUAAAUUAAAACAUGCGUUCAACGCGAGCCAGCGUUCAGUGUUGACAUGGUUAAAAAUUUUACUUUAUGUUGAAACAAUGUUUGAAAAAUGUGGCCAGAGUUUGUUGCAUGCAUGUAUUUCUAGUCAUAAAAUAUUUAACAAUUAUUCGCCGAAGGCGAAGUGAUUACCGGUGAAUAUUCACCGAGACGAAGUCGAGGUGAAUAUUCACCGUAAUCACUGAGCAUGAGGCGAAUAAUUGUUUUAGUAUACAUUUUUAAUGAAUAAAACAAAAUAUCCGAAUAUCAGUUCAAUUAAAUUUCAGAAAUAAAACUGUUUUCGGCCUGUUCACUAAUACUAAUAGUGUAACAGUGUUUGUUGUACACACACGCUUUCAAAAUGGCUACUUGUGUGACUUUAUUGCUUUACUGCAAAGUUGUUUUUCUCGAUUUCUGCUUGGAAUAUAAACACAAUAACGGAAUGACUCUUUCACUAGACUUAGAAUUAAACAUAGUUUCUGUUUAGCAUUAAUUUCUUCAGGAAAUGAAUGAGGAAUUUGGUAAAAUGAAAUGUAAAAGUAUUAUCGUUCAACUGAUAAAGUUUUAAUAACACUUUUCACUUUACAAGUUUCGAAAUCUAAACACAAUACAGCGGUCAGAACACCAUACAGCACAAUGAAAAUAUGACAUAUCAAAAGGAAUAGUAUCGUACAAAUUGGGAAAUCUAUAGCAUACAAAAUGAAAUGGAUUUUAAAGAAUAUCACGGCAAGGUUUUUCCCAAAGGUCGGGAUUAUUUUUGCUAUUUGUUUGAAGUGAAUGUUUCGGAGUUUUAUAUAAGUUUUAAAUUGUCCGUGAAUAUGUUUGAAACAGUAAAAUAAUAAAGGAAUCCUAUCUUUCAAGUUAAAGUUUCAAGUUUUGUGCUUGUUUCGGUUUCUGGGGACGAUUUUUUCAAUAUUUUGUCGAUUUUGAAACCAAAUUUGCCGAAUCAUUCUUUUUGAAAAGCAUUAUUUACUAUCCAGGUGGUAAAUAAUGCCUCAGAUUUACUAGUCAGCUAGUCAAUCGGAACGCGCGAAAGCUCAUUUGAUAUGCAAAAUUUAUACUAAACGUGUUUAUUUAAAAUAUGCUCCUGAGCGCUUUAAUUUUAAUUGAUGUUGUGAAAAACUAAUUAAAAUACCAUACGUCAUUAAGCGCUCAAAAAUACUGCUCACGUUGCCAGUCAUAACUGAAUUAUUUUAGAAGAAUCUUGAGUAAUUUCAAGUACAGCAACUGAAAUAUGAGAUUUUAAAAUUACAUGGGCGGAUCUAUGGCCUCAUCUGCGCAUGCGCAACAAGGAGAGAUUCAGCUUCUCCAUGCGGUGGUGCAUGAGAGAGCGUUAUGAAAGAAAGUUGAAUAUCUUGCAGAGGAAGGCAGUUACGAAAAUUCUAUAAAAGAAAUUAUUAAGUCAUUUUAAGUGAUCUUUACAAUGCAAGCAUGCAUAAACAAUUGGGGGGAAAUUUCGUGUCAUAGGCACUUUAAGAAAUGGUUUAAUGAUUGGACAAUUACUCCAGAUUCGAUAUCGUAGAUCAUUCGUAAGAAAGAUGACGCUUUUUUAGCUAUUUACCCACACAUCUAAAAUUUAGAAUCCUUCGAACCGGAUUCGAACCAGUAACCUAGGGAUUGUCAUAUUGCUGCGAACAACUACAGUACCCCGCUAUACCAACUGAGCUAUCGAAGGAGAUCUGGUAGCGUUAACGUUGGAGACAAAUAGUUUUAAAAAGUACCAUGCAUUCAUAUUCAAAACAUGCUCCUUACCCCUUUUAAUUAAUUAAAUUGAUGUUAAUUGUCACUAUAAAUUGCAGUAGCAGAUCGGUGGCAACACACAAUUAUGAAUGCAUGCAACCAUUGAACAUUCAAAGCAAACUUGCCGUAUAUUUCACAAUUUCCCAUAGUAAAUAAAUUCUUCUCAUUUCUUCAAACAAAAUUGCUUCAAAAUUUAAAUUGAUAUCUUCCUUAUCCCACUCCUAGGAAUCUACCCAUAUUUUUGAGAUCAGUGUGGAGGUCCACCCAUUCACUUCGUUAAUGCUGUCCUUUCCUUUCCCAGAGGGUAAAUAGCCGGGCCGAAUUAAUACCUUCGUACGGCGCCCAGCGGCGUUGUUCCGGGGAUAAAUAGGGAACUUAAACACCGACGUUUUUUGAUGCGGCGACCGAAUGUCGAUUUCGCUUCCAGCGACUUUUUUGAAUUUAUGUUAUGAAAUGAGUUGUUUUGAUGUCGUGUCUAAAACGUGGUUGAGCGUGGUUCAAACAAGUUUCUUAGAACGUCCAAGGUCGGCCAAAAAUGGCAAUAAAUGGCAAGAUUACAAAUACGAAACCAAAACCAAUAGAGUGGACAGAAGACCACGACUUGUUGUUGAUGAGAGAAAUUAUGAUUAGUGAUCUUUUUCUCCAUAAGAAGGGGAGUCCUAAUAGAGGAUUGAAAUCUUUUCUUUGGAUUGAAAUACAAAAGAAGUGUACGUGACAGAACGAAAACCAGGGAAGAGAAAGCUGCAAGUGGCAUUGGUGUGGAUGACCUUACAGAGAGCAAGAGAGAGAGCUUAAUCGAAGAGUUGUGUGAUAGAGAAGAAAGCUUUGUUGAUGUUGACUCAGUUCGUAAACAAAAAGAAAAAGUAAAUGCGGAAGACAUCAGAAUGAAGCCUUUAGAGCGUAUGGGUGAAACGAAGAAAUGCACGUGUCGUGAGCUUGAUGGGUAUUCUGAACCGAAACAACACGAAUUAGGGAUAGCUGCAUGA